UAACGCGGUUCAAACUUCAAAGAGAGUUUAAUAGUGGUUAUUGAUUGGUUAAGUAAGUCUUUCAUAGUCCCUAUAUUUGACUUGACUUUCAUUUAUAAUUUUAUAUAUAUCCCUUCAACAAUAACCAAUCUCACAACCCUCCACAAAGCCACCUUCUUCCCUUCACAUUUUCAAAACCAUUAGGCCACCAUGAAUGCGAUCCAACCCGCCAUCAACCACCACAUCCCAACUACUCGCCGCCUUUCACGGCGGGUUCGAGCGCAACAAGAUAUUAUCUUCGAGGCUUACCGAUCUUCCAAGGGGUCAAACCCGGCAACCCGUUUAGCUCAAUCACUUACCCAUAUGCUCCAUCUUCAAAUUGAAUCCAUACACACCCAAAAAACAAUAACUCAAUCAAACUUAAGUUCAAUUUUAGAGGAUAAAAGUAACACCCCUAUAUCAUCCCCUAAAGAAGACAUUUCUAACAAAUGGGAGGAAAUUCAUGGGUCUAAUGAUUGGGAUACCCUUUUAGACCCUCUCCACCCUUGUCUAAGGCGAGAGCUGAUCAAAUACGGUGAAUUUGCUCAAGCGACAUACGACGCAUUCGACUUUGAUCCGUACUCGGAGUAUUGUGGGAGUUGUAGGUACAAUCGUAACAAACUCUUUGAGAAGCUUGGCUUAACUAGGCAUGGUUAUAACGUUACAAAGUACAUUUACGCUACGUCUCAAAUUGAUUUGCCACAAUGGCUAGAGAAGUCACAAGUGGCCGAGACUUGGAGUACGCACUCCAAUUGGAUGGGGUUUGUAGGUGUUAGCGAUGACGAGGAGUCGAAACGUAUUGGAAGGAGAGACAUUGUGGUGUCAUGGCGAGGGACGGUAUCAGCAUCCGAAUGGUACGAGGAUUUUCAGAGGAAUUUAGAGAGGUUUGGUCAUGGAGAUGCGAAAGUUGAAGAAGGUUUCCUUAGCAUUUAUACAACGAAAUUCAAAUCCUCGCGGUACAACAAAUCGAGUGCCUCAGAACAAGUGAUGAAAGAGAUCGACAGGCUGAUUAAUCUGUACAAGAAAAGAGGGGAACAACAAGUUAGCCUUACAAUAACAGGACAUAGCUUAGGUGGUGCGUUAGCCCUACUUAAUGCGUAUGAAGCGGCUGCAACUUUUGUUAACUUACCAGUUAGUGUCAUAUCAUUUGCUGCUCCAAGAGUUGGGAAUUCCGACUUCAAAGACGAGUUACACGAGCUAGGGGUGAAGACAUUACGCGUUGUUGUUAAACAAGACGUGGUACCUUGGACACCUGGAAUGGUUUUUAACGAGAAACUACAGAGUUUUGACGAGAUUACUAAGGGAUUAGAAUGGGUUUACACUCAUGCAGGUGUUGAGUUGAGACUUGAUGCCAGAUCAUCUCCGUACUUGAAAAAAGGGUUGCAAUUACAAGGACAUCAUAUGUUAGAGACUUACCUUCAUUUGCUUGAUGGAUUUCAAAGUUCUAAGUUGCCGUUUAGGGAAGAUGCUAUAAGGGAUAUUGCUUUGGUGAAUAAAGAGUGUGAUUUGUUGAUUAAUGAGCUCAGGAUACCGCCUCGUUGGUACCAGGUUGCCAAUAAAGGGCUGCUUCAAAAUGAUCAUGGGAGGUGGGUUAAACCUAAGAGGGAUCCUCAACAUAUACCAUCCCCUACUACUGAUUCUGUUUUUUUAUAAUCAAAUGGAAUCUCUACUUAAUGCUUAAUUGUAUAUACAAGAUUAAUAUCAUGCUCCAAUUAUCAAGCAAACAAUUUAAGUCCUAUCCUUGACUAGUUACUAGUUACUAGUUACUAGUUACUAGUUAGUUGAACAUAAAGUUCAUACCUUUCGGCUGGGGUAUGAGCUAUUGCCCCAGAUCAAUGGCGGAUCUUUGUGGGCCGAAAAAUUUUGUAGUGUAUUUUUAGUUACGGCCCCCCCUAAAAUUUAUGUAUAACUGUAUAAUUACAUACUUCCUCCGUCUUUUAAUACUCGCAACGUUUGUUA